AUGGACUCCGAGAAUGUGUUCGACAUGUACUAUGCUCCCGAGGCUCCUGAAGCUCAUGCGAGCAAGAGGAAAUCGAGCAAGCGACAUCAGGGGGAAAGCAGUAAAGCGCCUCCGGCCAAGAAAUCCCGUACUGCAGACCCUUUGACAGACGGUCCAUCAACAAAUGCAACACCACCUCCUCCUCUCGAGCAGCAAACUCCUCCUGCUCCGGUUGGGUCGACCCCUUCUCCACCGGCUCCAACCGACCAGACUCAACAGGCUACUCCAACUUCCACAGGGGGCGACCUAUUGAGUCGUGCCCUAAGAUCAGCCAAAGACAGGAUUGCCAAAAUUUUGAAGCACGAACAUUACCGAGAGGCGAUGGCAAUGCUGACUGUUACUGCUAGCCAGCUCCGCUCGGGUGCUAUCACCGAGCAGUCCAGGAAUUUCGAGCAACGACAUGCCGAAGAACUCAAAGCUGCCGAAGCGAAAUAUGUUGAACAGCUUGAGGCAGCUCAGAAGACAAAUGCAGCAUUGCUCGAGGUAAAGAACAAGCUGGCGGAGGAGUUAAGGGAGAAGCAGACUGCGCUGGAUAAGGAGGCUAAUUUCAGCUAUAUUCUCGAGCGCACAAGGCAUGCUGAGAUAGCCCAACGUGUUGCUCGAUUGGCGGAAGAAGAGAGAGCAAGGAUACUUGCCUCGCCCGAAAUCUCAUUGGCCGCUGGCGUAGAAUAG